GUUCUGGAGAAUCUCAGAUGGCCACGAUGGAUUGGAGCACAAAGUGUCCUGAAAAAGGCUUGAACUCGAGAUGCUGUGUCUUGUCUCUGUGACUCUCUGUGCUCUUGACUCUAUAAGUGCAGUGAUCCAGGCUCUUCUGUGAUGACAGAUGAAUCAGGGGGAGGAGACGCGCAGCUCACACACACACACACACACACACCUGACGGAGGGUUGAUUCUUCAGCUGUGUUCAGCAUGUUUGUCAUGAUCAAAAACUGGCUGCUUGGAGCCACUGAAGAGAGCGAGUACAAGCUGCUGAGCACUGAAUGCAAGGAUGGGGUGAGUUAUGAGGUGCGCCGCUAUGAUGCGUGUAAGCACGUGUGUGUGAGUCUGGAGGGGCGGAGCUUCGAUCAGGUUUCAGGUGAUCUUCAGCGGAAGCUUCUCGCCUACAUGAGUGGAGACAAUGAACAAGGUGAGGUGAUGAACACGCCCGUCCCCAUCAUCUUCACCGUGUUUCCUCGUGAUGACGGCUCAUUAAACCGUCGCCUGGUCGCCGCUCUGCGCAUCCCAUCAUCCUUCCAGAUCGCCCCCCCAACCCCGACCGAUUCGUCCAUUCGCAUCGAGGACCGGCCGGGCAUGACCGUAUACGUCCUGCGCUUCGGUGGUUUCGCAGGCGAGAGCGGGUUUCGCGCAGAAGCGUCGCGACUGACGUGUACGCUGGGAGACUCCGCCCCCUUCCAGCGCAAGCAGUACCUGUGCUGCAUCUACGACCCCCCGAUCAAACCCUACGGCCGGCGUAACGAGGUGUGGUUCCUGCAGGACGAGCCCUGAGACGGAGUGUGUGGCUACAAUUACCCAUAAUCCCUUUGUCACGUGUUCAGGUCUACUGCAGAGGAACGCAGCCACUUGUAUGUUUAAGGCCUCCACUUAUUUCAACUUAUCGUACGCAAACAGCUGCUUGACAAUAUUGUAAACUGGUGUUUGUUAUCAUGUUAUUUUAAUACACACUGGUUUAAAGCGCAGACAGUUUUACCAUUCACUGCUAUUUGUUGUUCUUCUCAUUGUUUUCCUGUAGCAGUUAAUGAAUCAAUAACCUACCAGUCAAACGCUUUUUAAAUAAGUAUCUUCUGCUCACAAAAGCCUGCAUUUAUUUGAUCCAAAAUACAGCAAAAGCAGUGAAAUUUCUUAUUAUUUAUACUAUUUUAAACAGAUGUUUUCUGUGUGAAUCUC